GGGACACAGACAGAAAAAGCAAACGGUAGAGGCUGAGAAAGACCACUGAAAAUCUUUGGAUCAUUUAUUAUUAGAAUACUAAAAGUAUAGGAGCAAGAAUAUCUGGAAAGAAAACAGAAUAAAUUAAUAAUUCAAGCGAACAAAGUCGAACUAAAUAUCAAAAGCUAAGGCAGUGAACUAAAACAGCUAAAGCAUAAAGGAAAAAGACAGAUUUUUGAGGCAAAAAGUAAGAUUUCAGCAAUAGCAAAGAGGCAAAGACAAGAACGUGGGGAAACAAAGGAACAGAAGAUAUUUCAGAGGACGUACGUGUUGUAAUGGAACAGGAACCACUGAGCUAUGAAGAAGCCAUUACAAGGGCAGCAGAUGCUAUUCAGCGAUUUCCUCUAAAAGAUGUUCAGGGUGUUCCUCUCAUGAGCACAAUUGCUGACAACUGGAAAUCCAUUUCAGAAUUCUGCCCUGACCCAUCAGACCUACUGAUCUCUACUUACCCUAAAGCAGGCACUACCUGGACUCAAGAGAUAGUGGAUCUUCUGCUAAACAAUGGAGAUGCUCAGGUGUGCAAGAGAGCACCAACAGCUGUCCGUAUUCCCUUUCUGGAAAUUUGUGCUCCUCCGCCCAUACCUUCAGGGCUUGAAUUGCUUAAACAGAUGAAACCACCUAGAGUCAUUAAAACUCACCUGCCCAUUCAACUAGUGCCUGUAGGAUUCUGGCAAAAUAAAUGCAAGGUCAUUUAUAUGGCACGGAAUGCGAAGGACAACCUUGUAAGUUACUUCCACUUUGAUCGUAUGAAUCUUACCCAGCCUGAGCCAGGACCUUGGGAUGGAUACAUCCACAAGUUCAUGAAAGGACAACUAGGUUGGGGCUCUUGGUAUGACCACGUAAAAGGUUACUGGAAGGAAUCCAAGGAAAGGAAUAUUCUCUACAUACUCUAUGAGGAUAUGAAAGAGAACCCUUCUAGAGAAAUUAAGAGGAUCAUGCACUAUUUGGACCUGUCUGUUUCUGAGGAUGUCAUAAAUAAGAUUGUGCAGCUGACAUCUUUCCAUGUCAUGAAGGACAAUCCAAUGGCUAACUACUCAUACAUCCCCAAAGCUGUGUUUGAUCAGUCCAUUUCUGCCUUCAUGAGAAAAGGAGAGGUUGGUGACUGGGUAAACCAUUUCACCCCAGCUCAGUCCAAGAUGUUUGAUGAAGACUAUACAAACCAGAUGAAAGAUGUGGACAUACCCUUCCGCUUAAACAUUUAAUCUCUAAAUAAUGUAUGCAGUAUUAAAAUAUAUUUAAUAUCACAAAAACACUGCUUUAUUUGACUGAUUAUAUAUACUAUGCAUGAAUUCAUACACAACAGAUGACUCAAUUUUCUGUAUUUCUGUAAAGGUUAGCCUUAUAUCAGAUGUCAAACAAUUUGCUUUCAGAUAUUUUAAUAUUAUUAAUUAUAGUUUGAUUAUUUGUAGUUUAGGAUUUUUAUAUAUAUUUUUGAAUUGUUGUCAUUUUUGGUCACAUAUUUGGCUAAUGUAAUAUAAUUUACAAUUUGUAACAUGUUUAGCAUGAUUUAAAACAAUAUUAAAAUGUUUUGGCAGAUA